AGGAAGAAAUGAAAAAAACUCCGCCUGAUUCUCAAAGCUUUCUUCAUGCCUGUGAGGGCCAUUUGUAUUCUAUUAUGUCUCUUCUUCUUCUUCAUCCUAUAAAUACCCCAUCAUUACAGUUGUAUUGCUUGACUAUUUUAUAAAUACAACCAUUUUCUGCCCUUUUUUGGGAUAGAAAUGCAGGGCUUUUUAGUGAUUGCUUGAAAUUUUUGAUGGUAUGUCCUGAAGAGAAAUUUAUAGAAUGGUUUGGGAAAACCACAAGGGAAGAGGGUUUGGAUUGAUUGCAGAAAAUCACAUGCUUGGGAAUGCCUGUUUUCGCCUUCCUAUUCGUAGCAGAACUUCAUUACUACCACUUAAUCUGACAUGUAGUUACAGUCACAGUUACCACGCUCGUAGUUAUUGCUCUGCCAAAGGCAUCGAGAGAGAAUCAAAAACCUUGGUUUUAUUGCCUAAAAAUAAUUUCCAGAAGGGAGGUGUUGGGUAUUCUAAUGACAAGAGCAACGAUGGGUGUUGCCACCUGUCCAAUCCAAGGAGAACCCAGCACCAUUCCAGCUCAUGUCUGCUUGCAGGGAAUGGAAAUGGGUAUGUGGCUGCAUCCAUCUGGCAUGCCCUGCUUCCCUCCUCACAUUUUUCUGAUACCCACAAGAGAAUACCCAAUAGGAUGUGCAAUAGCAAUGGCAGGACAUGUUUUGAAGAGAUGAAAUCCAAGGGUUCUUUUAUUGGGAUAUAUAGGAACUGUGGUGAUUGUGCAAAGAGGCUUUCUUCUUGUUCUGCUUCUGUAGGUGGGGGAUUUUGUGAGGGGUCCUGGAAUGCUUCAUGGGAUGUGAGGCCUGCGAGGUGGCUGCAUGGGAGUCAUUCUGCGUGGCUGCUUUUUGGGGUGUGUGCUUGUUUUUCAAACCUAAAUCCUCCUGUUCAGGCUGAGGCUGAAGCUCUUUUGGUAGAUGAGAAUACUGAUGAUUUGGUGGAUGAUGAUGAUGGGGCAAUCCUUGCUUCUGCUGAUAAGGCCUCCCAUGGAAAGAAAGUUUAUACCGAUUACUCUGUCACGGGUGUACCUGGUGAUGGGAGGUGUUUGUUUCGAGCUGUUGCACAUGGUUCUUGCCUGAGAAAAGGAGAAGCUGCUCCAGACGAGAGCACUCAGAGAAGGCUAGCAGAUGAUUUGCGAGCUAGAGUUGCAGAUGAAUUGGUUAAAAGACGUGAAGAGUAUGAAUGGUGCAUAGAAGGCGACUUUGAUACAUAUGUUGAACAGAUCAAAAAGCCUCACGUUUGGGGUGGAGAACCUGAACUACUUAUGGCUUCGCAUGUUCUCCAAAAUUGUUUUUGUUUUGAAUGGAUGCAGGAUGCCAAUAACUGUGUAUAUGCAUGAGAGGAACUCUGAUGGUCUUAUAGCUAUUGCAGAGUAUGGUCAAGACUAUGGGAAACGAAACCCAAUCAGGGUUUUGUUUACUGGAUAUGGCCAUUAUGAUGCCUUGCAGAUUCAUGAUGAUUGAAUUCGGUCAAGCUCAAUAAAUUUGGAGGGACUAUAGUUCUCAGAUAAUCCAUCUUAAUAAGUCUGAGUUUUCUGAGUAAGAGGACAAGCCCUUUUAACCUAUACACGUAUUAAUUCAUUGUGAAGUUUGAGAAACUUCAUUCAUGUAGCCUCUCACUAGUUUAGAGGCAAAACCCUUUUUGUAGUCUCUAGAUGCCUUCCAAGAUAAGCUGAGAGAAAAGCAUAGUUCAAAUUAAAUCAUUUUAGGAAUAGUUAGAAUUUUUUAGUCCCAGUAGUUAAUAAAUCUUUUGCAGAAUAGACUUGUCUAUCAGAAGCAAGCUAAUGUAUACCUAUUUUCCGUUGUGUUUUUAAUUGUAUUCCAUUUCCCAAAUUUUAUGUUGGCUGAAGGAAGACUCCUAUUAAACAAGGCCUAUCCCAAUUUGAAAUCCA